GUUCUAACUAUAUCCUCCAGGCUGUCCUGCUAGCUUGGUCACGUGAAGGCAUUGAUUAACCGAUUGAUCUAUCACCGAUUGCUGACAAUUCUCCCGGCUGUUUUGACGAAAAUCGUGAAGAAAGUGCUGUAAUCGAUGAAGUAUCUGAUAGAACUACAAGCAUUAGGGACUAGCUACAGGAACGGUGUCCAGUGCAUUCCUCGUUGUGUGGAGCAUUUCCUUGAACAGAUGGGAAUGCUACUUGUGAUGCUGCAAGUCUGAUAUCGGCCACUGUUUCUCUUCUCUGUCCAUACCAGAUUGCUAUGGCUAGCUUACAUUUGGAAUCUCUGGCAAAAGAAAUCAAACCAUAUUGAUGAAUAAACACCAUUUCCAAGACUUCUGGUUGCAUUCGUGUGAGGUGCUACAGUAUGUUCCUAAAAUAGUAACACUUCCAAGAAAUCUUUUCUGUGGCAGCCAAGACAGGAAGAAUGAAAUAAGGCUAUACCAAGGAGUUGAUGGAUCACAUCGUCUCCAAUUAAUGACUAGAUUUGCUAGAGGCUACCAGCAGUCUCACCAUGGAAACUUGCAAGCUUUGUGAGGUAUUUUAACGCGAUCCUACUGUGUCCAGCUCUCUUCCUCCACACUAUAACUGUAUGACUGUCCAUAGCCUAGUGGGACAAGUGACAACAGUCAAUAUUUAUUUGUUGAUUUGUGGGUCAACAUAACACUUUUGAAAAUUUUAGACAUCUGUUUAAACAUGUCCAUAUUGCAAUGGCAUAUUUGCCUCUUGUAAGCAAUAGUGAUUCUAGACACAUUUUUGCAUAUUAUGUUACUCAGUGUUUACACACAUGAGUAUAGAUAUUCUGAACAGUAUAUUUGGAUAUAUUUUUGUUGUUAUAUCUUGCAUCCCCAUAGCUAUAUUUUGUAUACCAAUAUACAAGUGUCCAGUGUUGUAUAUGUUUUACACAAGCUUUUUCUUAAAUUCACUCUUUGAGACACAUCUUAUUUCAUAAUGCCUACAUUGUCCAUAUUUCCUGAUGAUUUAGUCGUAAAGAUAAUGUGCUGAUUGAUAAUUGUACAUCCUUUGGAUCUUGUUAUGAUAUGCUCAAACAUGACUGAAUGACAUGAUGACUUAUCAACAUUUAUUUCCAAUGUUGAUGUGUUGGCAGAGGAAAAACAUUGUCUGCACUCUUUACCAAGAGUGAUUAUCCAAAAUACCGUUGGAUAAUAUUAAAUGAAACAUAUGUAAUAAGUGUGAAAACUGUCUGUUAACUAUCCAUGCUGGAAAACAACAGGAAAAACUGUAAAAAGGGUGAUCAAGUUGACUGUGGGAGAGGACACUGUAAUGUGAACUAUACCAUGGAUGUCCUUUCACUCAUCAAGCAUUCAAUAUUGGCGGAUAAUAACAAUCCUAUCACAAAACAUUUUGAUCUCGGGCGCCAAACUGGUUCUGCUGGCCCUGAGAUGGUGUGGAAAAUAUUUGAUGCUGUCAGAUUAGAAGAUAAGAAGGAAGCAUCUGUCUUUCUUUUUGAGAAAAAGAUUGCAGACAAACUUCACAAACCUCGGCGACGUGAGACAGUAUCUGAACUUCUCCGGAAAGAAGUUAAUCAACUGGAACAUGUCCGCCAUCCCAAUGUACUGUCAGUAAUGCAUGGAGUCGAGGAGUGCCAUGACAGUUUGGCAUUUGCAACUGAACCAGUCAUAGGAAGUUUAUCCAAUGUUCUCGGAAACUAUGAACGCAUCGCAGCACCUGUUCCUCAAGAGCUUAAGGAUCAUGACUUCAUUGAGGCUGAAAUAAAGUACGGCUUAAUGCAGAUUACAGAAGCCCUUUCUUUCUUACACUACUCAGAACAAAAAUUGCAUCGCAAUAUCUGCCCACAGUCCAUACUGGUGACAAGACGAGGUUGCUGGAGACUUGGUGGAAUGGGGUUUCUGGAAGAGAAUAAAGAGAAUAAGGAAUCAUUUCCAUGUCAGCCAUGGACAGUUAAAAUACCAAAGAUGGCACAGCCAGACCUUAAUUAUGUUGCCCCAGAGAUCCAGCUUGACAAGACAUGUAAUUAUCUCAGUGAUAUGUUUUCUUUGGGAAUGGUUAUCUGUGCUGUGUACAGUGAUGGGAAUUCACUUAUUGGAGCAGAACACACACCCAGCCAGUAUGUGAGACAGCUUGAUCAGAUGCAUGAUUUAUUUGGAAUAAUUGCUCAUAAAAUGCCGCUUCAACUUGUUGAUCCUGUGGAGAAGAUGAUAAACAGGGAUGUAAGAUACAGGCCUACUGCACAUGUCUUUUCUACACUUCGGUAUUUCCAAGAUCCUGUUGUGGCAAGUCUUCAACACCUUGAUACAUAUGAUAGAAAGGACUUUGCUGACAAAGCUGAAGCCUAUGCAAAUUUAUCUCAAGUCAUCCCGAACAUACCUAGGAAACUUUUGUAUAAGAAUGUCUUCCCUGUUCUUUGUGCUGAUUGCAAGACCUCUGAGAACAUUGUGUAUGCCUUACCUGCCCUGCUCACUAUGAUAGAUUUUGCCCCUCGAGAUGAUUAUAUGGACAUCAUCCUACCUCAGUUCAGGUCCAUUCUCAGCUCAACUAAGCCUGUUCUGGCAACAGUGUACAUUUUGAACAAACUGGAUAUAAUACUUGCAAAGACGCCUUUGGAAGAGAUCAGAACAGACGUCCUUCCCAUGGUUUUCAAUACCUUGGAUUCAACAUCCUUGCAGGCUCAGGAAGCUGCUGUUGCUGCUAUAAAUGGGAUUAAAGAAUAUUUGGAUGACAGUAUAAUCAAGAAGAUGGUUUUACCUCGAGCAAAGUCACUCUUCUACAGAUCUACAAAUGUAAAGCUGAGAAUAAAUGCACUGACGUGUAUCGACCAUAUGUUGGACAGUCUGGAUAAAAUGCUCAUCCUAGAUGAAAUUUUGCCUUUCCUUGCUGAUGUUUCAUGUCAAGAUGCUGAAGUUGUCAUGACAAUAGUAGGGAUUUACAAACACAUGCUCAGUGAUAAGAAAUUUGGACUCACACACAACCUUAUAGCAACUAAAGUGAUGCCUUCUUUGAUACCACACACUGUCAAUCCUGGACUGUGCAUGGAACAGUUUAGUGAUCUUAUGGAAGUACUUCGUGAGAUGCUAGAACAAAUUGAUCGUCAGAGGAGGAAUAAGAUGAAGAUGGAAACUGUGACUCUCACUGUGCCAGUUAGAGGUUCUUUGAAAAUGCAAGGGGAGGAUGGUUCAGGAGAUGAAGGCAUAACUUUGCAGGUUGUGAUUAAUGAAAAAUCAACUUCCGGAAAACAUGCAUCUGGAAAUGUGUCUGAGAUUCUGACAUCCAACAGAGACAUUGGUGUCACAAACAAGAGAAACCACAGUAUUCAGUCACUAGGAAUGAGUUUGCUGUUUCCAUUCAUUGACAAGGCAGUCGAGGUCACCACGCCAUUCUUCACAGGCCCAUUGGGAGCAUUCGCCAUCAUCCCCAGCACAGUCUGUCUCCUCCUGAUGCCAUGCUGGUUCAUCGUCGCAGCCCGCUCAUGCCAGCACUCCUCAUGGGGCAUUAGUUGCAAACCAAUAUUAGGGGCACGAGCUGUCCAACAGAUGCAACUGAUCACUGUGAUCUUUGACAAUAUUCUGUUGAUGGAAUCACCUGAGGUGAAUCUAACUUCCGACUCUUCACUUGACCCUGGGAAACUGGAAAUGACUGAUAUCGAACAAAAUUAUCAGGAUUUGUUUGAUGUGGAUGCCAAAAAUGGGUUCUGGCAUGUUCAGUUGGAUGAACAGAGCAGUUACCUGAUAACGUUUGAAACUCCCUGGGGAAAGUACCGUUGGCUCCGUAUGCCGUUUGGCCUCUCACCAGCUCCUGAAGAGUUCCAACGACGACUGAAUGAUGCCAUAUCUGGACUGGAUAGUGUUCGUGCAAUUCAUGACGAUAUCUUAGUUUAUGGCGUGGGAGAAACUGAUCAGGAUGCUGAGGUCGAUCAUGACAAGAAAUUGAUCGCCCUUUUUGAUUGUUGUCGAGCAAAGGACAUCAAACUGAAUCAGUCUAAACUGAAGUUGAAACUGACAAAAGUGCCCUAUCUGGGUCAUGUACUAACUGGACUCCAAAUUGAUAAGACCAAGGUUGAGGCUAUCAAGAAAAUGCCUUCACCUACUGACAAACAAGGUGUGCAACUCAUCUUGGGGAUGGUCAACUAUGUGCAAGAAUCAAUGACAAGCACAGAGCAACAUUACGCUCAGAUAGAAAAGGAAAUGCUUGCAAUAGUCUUUGGACUGGAACGUUUUGAUCAGUAUGUGUAUGGACGCAAGGUGACUAUAGAGACAGACCACAAACCCUUAGAGUCCAUCCUGAAAAUGAGCCUCCUGAGCGCACCUAAAAGGCUGCAACGCAUGAUGCUACGGUUGCAGAAGUACGACUUUACAGUGGUGUACAAGAAAGAAAGCCUGAUGUUCAUGGCUGACACAUUAAGUCGUGCAUACUUACAACAUGACAGACAAUUGAUCACUGACGAAGGCCAAGUGUUGAUGAUAGACAUGAGGAGCCCAACGGCUAUUGACAUUGAGACAAUUCAAAUGGUCGAUCAUUUAUCCAUAUCUCAAUAG